ACAAAAUGCCUGGGUCACAGUCAUUGCUCGAUCCCAAGAGCUAUCAUAUCCUCACAUAUGGCACAUUGCUGGGUUCAAAUCUAUUCCAGACCUUCCUGGCCGGUCCUCUGGCCUUUAAAGCAUUGCCACGACCAUCUUUCAGCACCCUACAACAAGCCAUAUUUCCGCCAUACUUCACAUUCCAGACUGCUUUGCCACUAGUCCUUGCCUUGACAUGGCCCGGUGAAAAGCUGGCUCAGGCAGGAGGCGCAGUUGCACGCAGGCAUGCAGGCCCAUAUGGAUUGCUUGAAGAGGAGAACAGGUGGAUCGCGUUGCUGCCAAUUGUGAUAAUGUUCGGCACGAGUCUGUUGAACCUGGUAGCGCUCGGUCCGGCUACGACAAAAGUUAUGAAGGAGAGGAAGCAUCAGGAGACGCGAGAUGGGAAGAGAUACUACGAGCCUGGCCCCAAAUCAGAGGCGAUGCAGAAGCUGAACAAAUCCUUCGCCUGGCUCCAUGGAGCAUCUUCUCUAUCGAAUGUCGUCGGUCUUGGUGCCAUGCUGGUCUAUGGCUUCACAUUGGCGGAGAAGAUCUGAGCCGCGCUGCAGAUGUCACAGACGACUUGCUCGUAUUAUCUCUUCAAGGUUGCAACUGCACCCGAUGACUUGGUUGCUGUGUUGCAAAGGAUUCCGAUGGUUACGCCCUCGACCGAGUAUCACCAUCAGCCGUCUUCAGUACCCCCGAGACAGCAUUCAAGACAUAUAGACGUUGGAGCAUCAUGCAGAUUGAGAAAGUGGUUGGCUUUGCAGGAUGGAAGCCAAGCAUUGCUCGUAAAUAGCCCUUGGAGCUGAAGCGUUUGUGCAAACAGAAGACUUCCAUAUGGAAGGACCAAUCGCUGACGACCAUCAAAAGCAGCACGACCAUUCACUCACUUUUAGCAUUUCGACUCGCAUGUCAAAGCAAAAAUUUCAAGUCUCACCUCUACCACGAUGAUGGACGCUUUUUUGAGACUGCGAAGACGAGCAUGUUCUACGCUCCAAUUGCUGCAAAGCCUUAGGGGAUGCAUUGACUGCCCCAAAGUCAUUCACAUGCGUCACUCUUCAGAAAGGUCGUGAAUGCGGUAGAAAUCGUGUGUCGCCCUACAAAUUGAGCUCAUUUUGCAA